GGAAAAUGGGCACAGAUCUGCGAGGACAAAAGGUUGGGACCCAAGGAAAGACAGAUUAAGUGCACCAGAAGGAGACCUAACAGUUGUCCAGACCUUAUUGAAGAAUUAAUUCAAUAACUUUUACAUUGUGACUUAGAAGUAGAAUGUGCGAUGAUCCUUCCUCAUCCCCUAGCAAACCCAGCAUAUGUGAGAUGAGUGGUCCUCUGUGGUGCCCAGCCACUGUACCUGCCUGCUCUUGGCAGUGCUAAGUGGCAUGAGCAGAUUGCUCCAACCUGGCAGCCGCCAGAGCGUGGAAUGGCCUCUUUGGACCUCCCGUACCGUUGUCCUCGCUGUGGGGAACACAAGCGCUUUCGAAGCCUGUCCUCUCUGCGUGCCCAUCUGGAGUACAACCACACCUACGAGACCUUGUAUGUGCUGUCCAAAUCCAACAGCCUUUGCGAUGCCGCUGCACUGCUCCCCCUAGUGGCCGACGGAGCCCUCGCUGCCGAAUCUCGUUUUGCGUACCGCGAGCUUCCCUGUUCUGGCGAAGAGCUUGGCCUUGUUCCCUCCUCUACUUCUUGCUACCUGCCCAAUGUAGAAUUUCCCCUGGGUGAGAUCUUAGUGAAGACAGCCAUGAGCUCUGGUGACGCCUUGACCUCCACAGGGAACAAUGCUGUUGCGGUGGCAGCUAAUGUGGCCGCCAGUGCGGUGGAAGCGGCUUAUGAGGAGGGCCUGGCUCGGUUAAAAGCUCGAGCAUUUGAGAGGCUAGAGCUGGAUGAGAGGCUGGAGAAGCUUUCGGAGGAGGUGGAGCAGAAGAUAGCAUCCCGCGUUGGCCGUCUGCAGGCAGAGCUGGAGAGGAAGAGCUCGGAGCUCGAUAAGGCCAAGCUGGAGAGUGAGAGGCUUAGUCAAGAGAAACAAGAUCUAGAGGACAAGGCCACCGAGCUUUCAAGGCAGGUUGAUGUGUCUGUGGAGAUGUUAGCCAGCCUUAAGCAGGAUCUGGUCAACAAGGAACAAGAGCUAUCACACAAACAGCAAGAAGUGACCCAGAUCGACCAAUUCCUACAGGAAACAGCUUCGCGUGAAGCCAAUGCUAAAGUGCGCCUUCAGCAGUUCAUAGAGGAGCUGUUGGACCGGGCCGACCGUGCUGAGAAACAGCUCCAGAUCAUAAGCAGCUGUGCCACCACCCCAAAUGGCAGCCUGGGACACUGCAGCCUGCAGGGAUCCAAACGUAAUGGACGACAGAGAAAUUCCAGUAUCUCCAGGGCAUCGAGGGGAAUGUACCAAGUGUCCGAUCGACGUUCCUCACCCAGUACUGCAGCAUCAGGUCGAAUGAAGUCUGUGUCUCAAGGUUCAGGAGGUUAUGACAGUGACAGUGUGGACCUCCACGCUCUGGAGGACUGCCCUGAUGCUCAGUACUAUCACGUCCAGUGCCGACUUGGGGAGGGAGAUGGAGGGGGAGGUUACGAAAGGGCAGCUGUUUCCCAGAGCUGGGGCCUCCGCAAACAGGCCAUCCAGAACUGGCAGCGCCGGCCAUACAGGAACAGCAUGGAGGGAGAGGAGGGUGACAUAUCCGAUGUGGGCUCCCGCACCACAGAGUCCGAGGCGGAGUUGUGGGAGCAAGAAAGGAGAGCAGACUGUCAGCAACACGGGGGAAGCCGUGGAGGAUACAGAUUAGCUACAGGGGGAUACAAGCAUUGCCGGCAUGAGAAAAGUCCCUCUAAAGUCAAUGAGGUGAUCAGUCCUGAGGUGCUAAAGAUGCGUGCCGCUCUGUUCUGCAUCUUCACUUACUUGGACACUAAGACACUCAUGUGGGCAGCCGAGGUGUGCCGGGAUUGGAAAUUUGUGGCUCGUCAUCCAGCAGUGUGGACCAGAGUGCUGCUGGAGAACGCUCGCAUCUCUUCAAAGUUAUUGUGCACUCUGUCUCAGUGGUGCACACAGACUCAUUCCCUCAUCCUGCAGAACCUUAAACCCAGACAGAGGGGCAAAAAAGAAACAAAGGAGGAAUAUCUAAAGAGCACACGUGGGUGUCUGGAGGAAGGUCUGGAGGCCUUGCUGAAAGCCACUGGCAGUAAUCUGCUCAUCCUGAAAGUGUCUCAUUGUCCUAAUCUAUUGACUGAUCGCUCUCUGUGGCUGGCGAGCUGUUUUUGCCGGGCACUGCAGGCUGUCACAUAUAGGAGUGCAACAGAUCCUGUGGGACAGGAGGUUAUCUGGGCAUUGGGAGCAGGUUGCCGAGACAUCAUCUCACUACAGGUGGCUCCAUUACAUCCAUGUCAGCAGCCAGCACGCUUCAGUAACAGGUGCCUGCAGACCAUUGGCAGAUGUUGGCCACACCUCCGAGCUUUGGGUGUGGGCGGGGCUGGCUGUGGCAUACAGGGAUUGGCCUCUUUGGCAAGGAACUGCAUGAGGCUGCAGGUGCUGGAACUGGACCACGUCAGUGAGAUAAAUCAGGAAGUAGCUGCUGAGAUGUGCAGAGAAGGUCUGAAGGGUCUGGAGAUGCUUGUGCUUACCUCCACUCCUGUAACUCCUAAAGCCCUGCUCCACUUUAACAGUGUGUGUCGUAACCUAAAGUCUAUUGUGGUGCAGAUUGGUGUAGAAGAUUACUUUGAAGACCCCAACAGUCCUGAGGCCAGAAAACUCUUUGACGAAAUGGUGAACAAGCUGCAGGCAUUAAAGAAGAGACCUGGUUUCUCCAAAAUACUCCAUGUGAAGGCUGAUGGCUUGUGCUAAUGCUGUUCUACUGAGGCCAUAGACACAUGAAGGUUCACAGAAUAUUUCAACCUGAUCGAGUCACUCUGUCCUCAAGGAAACAAGGAAGAAUCAAACACCUGUUUGAACUCUAAAAACCAGUCUAACAUAUCAAGACUGGAGCACAUCUGUUAGCGGUUUGACAUUACCAAAUACAGGACUCUAUAAAGACAGCUUCAACAAACUCUACAAGAAGGCUUGAUCACCUUGGAUGCCGUUCCAGUUAAACAAACACUACGAAAUACAGUUAGACCCAUUUCAAAACAGUAUACAGAGGCUUUUUUCCCUACUUGACAAAUUGUAAUCAGAUCCCAGAGAUAAUGUCUCUCUUCAUAGCACAGAAUUGCAAGGUUUGAGCAGUCUUAUAUUCCAGAUUGGUAGACAGGUUUGUCACCUGAAACAUAAAAUCAACAUCCAAAUCUAAUUAGCACAAUUUAAAAUGCACAU